AUGGAGCUGGAGGAGAUCAUAAAGCCGUACAGCUUGGCCCCUGAGAGGAACACGACGCGUCCAGCUUCCGACAACCCGCAGGGGAUCCCCAGCAGUGCGAAGCGUCACCAAGUGGAUCCCAAUGCCCUUUCAGGCGAGGCCGGGGGCGUCCAAGGGAAAGUUUCUCUUGAAGAUUUACCAGAUGAAAUCGACACCAGUGCAGUCGAGAAGAUCCUUGAGCAGGCGGACGAGGUUCACGUCGAAGAAAUAACAGAGGCCUCCAUCAGACGCUGCGCCGCUCAGCUGGAACGGCGCGUAAAGAAAAACCAACAUGACAGAAUCAAGUUUGCUUCCAACCCGGAAAAAUGGAUUAAGUCUGAGGUUGAUUUAGAUGAGGAGGUGAAGCGCUGGACUCAAGUGGCUGCCGAUCCCUCCCUGUUCCCCCUGUUGUUCGAGUCUGGAGCAUUUGAAGUACUUACGUCGCUGCUCUCUCACGCCAAUACCGACUUGGCGGUAGACGUGGUUGAAGUUUUCAGCGAACUGACAGAAGCAGACAGUGUAAUGGAAGCUCCCGAUCCUCAGGCCGUUGUCGACCAAUUGGUGGGCAGCCAUCUGCCGGAGAUGGUGGUUGACUUGUUGUGUCGCCUGAAGGAAGACGGCAGCGAAGAUGACGCCUUAGGCAUUAGCAGCUGUCUGUCGGUUGUGGAGAACCUCCUGGAGCUACAGCCCUCCCUUGCCACCACAUUUGCGCAGGCGCAGAAGCUGCCUGCUUUUCUUUUUAAGCGCAUUCGUCCGCCUCCAGUGGCUGCUGCUGGCUCUGCGGGAGCGGUGGGAGGCACUGCGGGGGGGGGCGGUCGCGUAGGAGUCAGCGCGUAUGUGACGGACGGCACGCGAUUGCAUGCGGCAGAGGUUCUGGCGUCUUUGCUGCAGCAGCUGCAGCCGCAGGAGAAAACGCAAUUGGGAGGCAGAACAGGGGGGGACGGCGUGGACAGACUUCUAAGGGCUGUUGCACCCUACCGGAAGAAGGAUCCAGAAAGCGCGCAAGAGGAGGAGCUCGUAUUAAACCUUUUCGACGCUCUAUGCAGCCUGCUCCUGGUUGAGUCGAACAGAGAGCUUCUUGGAAAGCAGCAAGGCGUGGAACUGAUGUUGCGUAUCAUCAAGGAGAGAAGGUUCUUCACUCCGCAGGCAGUCAAGGCACUCGACUUCGCGCUGAUGGAUUCGCCUGCCAACUGCGCAACUUUUGUCGAGCGGCUUGGUCUGCGAUUCCUCUUCUCUAUGUUCCUCGGAAAGGUCAAGGAAGGAGGGCAUAAACCGAAGAAGCCAGAUGAUCUUAUUGCUCGGGUAUUAAACAAGUUUCAAGAAUGCGGCUUUGAGAAGAUCGAGCGCCUGCUCGAGUUACGGGAGACAUUCGCCUCGCGCGCAGGAAAAUCGAAGAAUAAAAGCCAACCGAACGAAGAGCUGCAGGAAAUCAACAAAGAGCUAGGAGUAGACCCGGAGGAAAGGCGCUACCUAGACGCUUGUGAAGCCGGGCUUUCGGUGUUGCAGCAGAUAGACUGCAUCAUUGUCAGACUGACGAACGCAGGAAAUGCUAUGGUGCGAAUGCGGCUGAUGGAUUUGAUGAAAAUGAAGAAUAUAGACCACUGCAAGAUUGAAGCAGUCCUUCGAGAGUUUGCAAAUCACAUGGACGAGCGGGCUUCGGCUCAGAAGUUGGAGCUCUUGAGUUUGGCGAAAUACUUUGACGAGGCUUGGAACGCGCCUGAUGAGGAGGAGGAGGAAGAAGAAUAG